UACUAAAGCAGACACGUCAUAGAAAGCAAGUCUACAAAAAGUAGAAGAGAAGACUGGAAUGUAUACUGGAGGAUAGAAACAAGAUAAGCUUCUGAAUAAAAAGCAAUUUUGCAAUAAGAAGUACAUUUUUAUUUAACUUUGUCCAUUAUGGAAGGAUUUGAUUUUUCAUCGUUGAAAUUGAUCAGUCGACCAGAACUGUUUGAAUUUGAAGGCAUCUCUAUGGUUCAUUACUUCACCGAAAAUUGGGAAAAUAUUCAGAAGUUUCAGGCAAGACCAGAUGACAUCCUCAUUGCUACUUACCCCAAAGCAGGGACCACCUGGGUAUCCUAUAUCUUGGACCUUCUCUAUUUCGGCAAUGAAGCACCUGAUCGUCAGACCUCAAUACCAAUUUUUAUGAGAGUGCCUUUCCUUGAGGCAACCUUCCCUCCAAUGCCAUCAGGGGUUGAACUGGCAGAUAAUUUACCCACCAAACCUCGACUCAUUAAAACUCAUCUACCUAUUCAGUUGGUGCCCAAGUCCUUCUGGGAACAGAACUGCAAGGUGGUCUAUGUAGCUCGCAAUGCCAAAGACAAUGCAGUUUCUUAUUUCCACUUUGAGCGCAUGAACAAAGGACAACCUGACCCGGGGGACUGGAACACCUUUCUUCAGAUGUUCAUGGAAGGAAAGAAGGUAUUUGGACCUUGGUAUGAUCAUGUUUGUGGCUACUGGGAGAAGAAGCAGACAUACUCUAAUCUACACUACAUGUUCUUUGAGGAUAUGGUGGAGGACCCAGGGUGUGAAUUGGACAGCUUAUGCUCCUUCCUUGGUUUAAAUACACCAAUAGAAGAGAGGAAGAAGAUAACAAAAUCCACUCACUUCAAUAACAUGAAGGAAAACAAGAUGACCAACUAUUCUGGUGUCCCAGUCAUGGAUUUUACAAUCUCACCAUUCAUGCGUAAAGGUAAAGUCGGUGACUGGAAGAAUCACUUCACUGUUGCUCAGAAUGAACAGUUUGAUGAACACUACAAGCAGAAGAUGAAGAAUACAACCUUACAGUUCCGCAUAGAGAUUUAGGACAUCAUAAGUCCAUAGAAUUUAAUGUGACUCUUGAUUCAAUUUGUUUAAGGGAAAUCUUGUCCGUGUGCGCUGUUUAGCGGCACAAUCUGUAUGCAAUAUGAGAACAAAUUUUGUGUGUUUUUAUAUAAUACAUGUUUAAAUAAAUCUUUUGGGUAAAUCUUUUGGUACAGCUUUUUAAAACCACCCUGCCCUUAGAACUUGCUGUUAAAUGAUCACUGUAGCAAAUACUUUAAUAUGGUGCAGCCCACUGGAGAUGUUGCUCCAGAAAAUAUGCACAAUGGUAUAAGGAAGUGUGUUGCUGGGCUGAACUAAACUGCAUGUUAUCUUUUAAUCAAUUACACUAGAAUUGUGUAAGAAUUCAUGAGCGAUUGCAUGUGAAUAACAUCAACUAACCAAAAUAUAAAACAAAAGGUUCUUAUGGUAACACAGCUGUUUAGUCACAAUCAUGCAAGUUCUGGUCACACUGUGCAUGUGGAAAUGCUUUACUUUCAUAAUAAUAAUUAUCAUUAUUAUCAUCAUCAUCACACCAUUAGGGUCGAGGGUUUAAUUCCCACCGCAGGUCUGUGUGUGUGGAGUUCGCAUGUUCUCUCUUUGCUUGGUUUGCUUUCUCCAGGUACCCCAGUUUCAUCCUACAGGUUUUGUGUUCCCUUCACUUGACCUAAUUAAAUCUGCAUAAUAGGA